UAACACCCAAGUGACCUGCAGAGGUCGUGCAGCGGACAUUUGGCUGGAACACAGGGAGGAGCUCAACCUUAGAACCAUGCCAAGGUUGCCCCCGGCCCUGAAGCUGCUGCAAGCCCCGCUGAGGUGCUGGGUGGUUCCCAGGGCCUAUGUCUCUGCCAAGCCGGCCAGAACCCCCACUGGCCCUAUGGAGCAGACCAUGGGGAUCGUGACCUUCUUUGUCUGCAUCCUGGCUCCUGCAGGCUGGGUCUUAUCCAACCUGGAGAACUACAAGAAAAGUUCCACAGCAUGAAGGCGCCGCAGCCACCCAGGCACAACCUAAAAGAUCACAUUAAAUCCCCCUCCUUCCACCUACUGUUCAUGCUCAUUUUUGUG